AUGUCCUCUGACCCAAUCGCGAAAAGGAUGAAGUCGACCAAGACUAUCGGGACCCACUCGGGGACUUUCCACUGUGAUGAGGCGCUUGCUGUGUUCAUGCUCCGCCAGACGGACGAAUUCAAGGAUGCCGACCUUGUCCGUACCCGGGACCCCAAGAAGCUCGAGCCCCUCGAUAUCGUCGUCGACGUGGGAGGCGUCUACUCGCCCGAAGCGCACCGGUACGACCACCAUCAGCGGGGAUUUACCGAAGUGUUCGGUUCGGGCGGGUUUGACAAGAUCAAACUCUCAUCCGCUGGUCUUGUCUACAAACACUUUGGCAAGCACAUCAUCGCCCGCCGGCUUGGUCUGCCCGAAUCCGACCCGAACGUCUCUCUUCUGUGGCACACCCUCUACGCCGAACUCAUCGAGUCGGUCGACGCGAUCGAUAAUGGUGUCAACCUCACGGAUGGGGAGGUGCGGUAUGCGAACCGAACGGAUUUGAGCUCGAGGGUGAAGCGGUUGAACCCAAAUUGGAAUGAGCCGACUUCGGACGAGGUGUACGAUGCCAAGUUCAAGGAGGCGUCUCAGAUGACAGGGGAGGAGUUCCUCGGUCAGCUGGACUACUAUGCGAAUGCGUGGUUGCCUGCUAGGGAUGUGGUCAAGGCCGCGCUGGACAAGCGGAUGGAGGUGGACCCUUCAGGAGCUGUAGUUGUGUUCCAUCAGUCCUGCCCCUGGAAAGACCACCUCUUCAACCUCGAGCCCACCCUCCCCCCCGCCCCCUCUCCCAUCCUCUACAUCCUCUACCCCGAGUCCGACACCCCCUCCGCCAAAUGGCGCAUCCAGUGCGUCCCCAAAUCCACCGACUCGUUUGAAAACCGCAAGUCCCUGCCGGAGGCGUGGCGCGGUGUACGAGACUCGGAGUUGAGCGCGGUGGCGGGCGUAAAGGGGUGUGUGUUUUGUCAUGCCGCAGGGUUUAUUGGGGGGAAUGAGACGUAUGAGGGGGUUUUGGAGAUGGCGAGGUUGGCGUUGAAGGCUUGA